AGAAGAAGCGGGAGCCAUAAUAAACCAGACUAGCUAACAGGAGGGAGAGAAAACCUGCGAAAUGUCUGAUUUAUAGCUGCAUAAUCUCGCGUUAAUAUCAACGUACGUGACUUUUUUGGUGGAAAUACUCGAUGGUAAAGACGCACGGAGGAGAAGUGUGCCGCUGCUUGUUGUUUUAGACGCAGACUGUCGCCGUGUGGCUGUGACGCACAGUCGUUAGCGUGUUUACCGUGUUUCAUGUCACUGGUCUGCGGCGCCGCGUGCAGACAUGGAGAGUUUGUACAAGCGGAAAAUGUUCGCGUCCAUGCGAAAAACCAAAGUGGACGCGUCGAAGAAGCGGCAGAUCGGUCUGCCUGCGUCCAUCCUGGACGACAGUGACGAAGGCUCCUUCUCCUCCUCAUCCUCCUCCUCCUCCGCCGCGUCCGAGUCCGAGUUCCACACCUCCCAGGAGGAGGACAGCGAGCAGGAGUCCCGGGAGUCCGGGGCAACGUCCAGCGACGACAGCCGUUCCGUGACCCGCAGGAAGCGCUCGUUCCUGGGAGGCAACGACAGCUCCUCGUCCUCCAGCGCCGAGGACGACGAUGAUGAUGAUGAUGAAGAUGAGGGGGACAAGAAGCAGAUCAAGAGGAUGGUGCAGCCCAGGAAGCGGAGCCGGUUGCAGCGGCAGGACGAGUCGGACUCGGACCACGCGGAGGAGAAGCGGAAAGAGGAGGCGGAGAAGGCGAAGAAGAGGCAGAGGCACAACAAGCUGCUGGCGCUGUCCCGGAGGAUGAAGGCCCGGGUUCCGAACCGGAGGAGGAGCCGCGUCAAGCAGGCCGACGGUGGCGAUGAAGAUUCUAAAGACGGAGAGGACGAGGCUCAUGGUGACGAGCACGCGGACCGAGGAAAAAACGGCAGCAGCAAGAAAGAGGUGAAAGGAAGUGUGGAUGGAAAAAGAAAGGAGGAGAAAGAGGAGGAGGAUCAGCAGCAGCAAACCAAAAGUCAGUACGUGGUGUCAGGAGGAAGACGUUUGACCAACUCCUCUCCAAGUUGA